GCUGAAUCCCUGAACUUUGGGCCAGCUUCCUCUGAGGUCUCGCGACAAGACUUGCCACAACCUUCGGAAGCUGUUCCUUGUGCUCCCGGGGUUUGGCAUCGACUGAGGAGGAGCUGGUCAGGCAGCACGCGGCUGAUUUGGCUGCUAUCUCUUUGGAGGCAGGAGAUGCCGAGGAAGGGUACCUGCGCCUUCGCCAGACCCUGGUCACAGAGUGUGAGAAGGAGGAGCGGCGCCAUGCCGAGCUGGCGGCGGAAGAGGCCUCGUGCUGCCGCCGAGUCCAGGAGGGCGAAGCAAGACAUGAGGCGCUGGCCCUGGAUUCCUUGGAUGGCAUGCCGCGAAGGCGGAAGUAGGAGAGAGGCAUGUCAUUGCGUGCGUCGCCUCGCAGGGAGCUCGCCUCUUGCCAAGCGCUGUUUUCGCGGGCGGCAAUUUUCGCGAAUUCCAAACACAGUGAGCCUUGGGCACCAAACUGGGUGAAUGCUGUGAAUGCUGUUGAGUUUGCGGGUUUGUGUAUGGAGGCCUCGAGCCAGCAUGCCCAGUGCUUGACUGCGCGAGGUGAAAGACAUCUAUGCCUUCGACCUCCUUACUCACCAGGCCUUGGACACCAUGCGCCAGUUAAAGGAGAUGCAGGCUUGUCUAUCUGCGGGGUGAUGGUGUACAAAAGCUGCCGCCGGGAGUGGACGGAUGAGGAAUGGUGGGGCAACUUUCGCGUGAUCGUGAAGGGCAAGCACCCGCAGAUGCAACAGCGUGCAUCCCUGAGGCGUUCCUGGGAAGCUGUUGCCAACAUUCACAGACAUCGUGGGCGCGGAGUCAUGGUCAGCGCGCGCCUUUCCGGACAAGCCCUGGCAGCUCCAGAUGCCGCUCUGAGCCUAAGUGGGGAUGUCGGAAAGCAAGCCUUCGGUGUCAGUCCGGAUGCGGGGCCCACGGCAUCCCAAUGACUCACUCACAUUACGGCGUCCCCCCUUUUUGGCGCAACCAGUGCACGCAGAAAUUGAAUGAAGGACAACAAGUCUUGAGCCAAUGUGUAACUUUUUGGGUGUCAAUGGGGCAGCACGAAGUCAGGAAGUGCUCUGAGGAGGGCAAUGGCGUCUUUGAAGUGAGCGCGCAUUCAGCACCGGUGCAAUUGGGCUCAUUGGGCUCGGGCUCCUUUGGCUCAAGCUAUGUCAGGCUUUCCAUCUUCAUAUAGCGGGUGACUGGCGGACUGGCGGACUGGCCAUGGUUCCACGUUUCGCUUGCGCUCUUUGCGCUCUUUGCGCUCUGGCUUGGCCGGUGUUGGCUUCUGACCGCCUGGUGAGACGGGUUGACGCAGGCGGCGUGGUCGUGGGGAAGGCCGCGGCGCCGCUGGAGGGCGACGGCGACCCGGACCCCCAGGC